UCAAAACUGUGAUGCCCAUUCGCUUCCAUUAUAUGACUGACAGAUGACAACGGUUUGAGUUAAAAAUCUUUGUUUGUGUUCUACUGAAGAAACAAAGUCACCUACAUCUUGGAUGCCCUGGGGGGAUCCCUGUGACAGGCAACAAAAUGCAGACCAUAAAGUGUGUUGUUGUUGGUGAUGGUGCAGUGGGAAAGACCUGUCUGUUAAUCUCCUACACUACUAAUGCCUUCCCAGACGAGUACAUUCCUACGGUUUUCGACAACUACAGCACUCAGACCUGUGUGGACGGCCGUGCCGUCAGCCUCAACCUGUGGGACACGGCCGGUCAGGAGGAGUACGACCGCCUGCGAACCCUGUCUUACCCGCAGACGCAUGUCUUCAUCAUCUGUUUCUCUGUGGCCAGCCCUUCCUCUCACGCCAAUGUCCGGCAUAAAUGGCACCCGGAGGUGUGCCACCACUGUCCUGGUGUGCCUGUGUUGCUGGUAGGCACUAAGAGAGACCUGCGAGGGGACAAGGAGACUCUUGAGAAGCUGAAAGAGCAGGGGAUGAGUCCAACCACUCCGCAGCAGGGCGGCGCAUUGGCCCGCAGCAUUGGUGCUGUGCAGUAUCUGGAGUGCUCGGCCCUUCUGCAGGAGGGGGUCAGAGAGGUCUUCAACGAAGCAGUCAGGGCCGUUCUUUACCCCAAUGCCAAGAAGCACAGCAAGAAAUGUGUGCUGUUAUAACUAUGUGAGGGUGUGUGCGUGAGAGAGAUUUUAUGAAGGGUGGAAUAUCAGUUAGUCAUGUGAUCGUCUCUGUAAAUGUGUGUUGUUGUCACUUUUUGUUCAUAUCUCUACACUACAGUUAGCAAUAGGUGCACAGACUGUUAACGAGGAAGACUGAGACUGUGUUUUUGUGUAUUUGUGUUUCAAAUUUCCAGACAUGUCCAAGACAGAAAUAGGGUGUUGUAAUCUAAAGUCAGGCAGACUGAGGCAGUAGAGUGGAUUUGUCUGAAGGACUAACAGACAUUGACAACUUCUGCCUUCUUAUAAGGCCUUAAAACUCCAGCAUGUUUUUUAGGAAUCACUCAGAGGAUAUUUCAUGCACCAAAGUGUAAAUUCAGUCUAAAUUCAGGACUGGAUGUCUUUUGAAGGUGCUGUCUUACCGCAUCAGUAACACAAUUAUCAGGGCUCACGAUCCAUCUGAUAUGUGUGGGAUUUUAAUGUGAGACGCUAAGACUUGAUGACCUACACUUACCACAACAUGCCAUUUUUCUUGUAUUGUUACCUUUGUAGAGUUGAUCGACUUUUAAAUCAGGAAGCGCUGUGGAAUCCCAGUGUGCCUUUAGUGCUUGGCCCCUUUUCUGACAUCUCAUAAACUCCUUCCUCUCUGCUCAUUUCAUCUAAGGUGCUAUUUAGGGUGCCAGGUGACAUUUAUUGCUGGAAAGGACUGUUGAAAGUUUACAGAGAGCUGUUGUAGCUCACCUGCCUUCUAUUAGAGCUGUAAAUGAAGGGAUAUAGUGCUGUUUUAUAACACUCAUGAGGUAGAAAUUAAGAUCUUUUUAUUUGGCCCACUGUGCCUGAGUCAUCACAAUUUACAACCCUGUUUUUGAAACUGAAGUGCCACUAAUAUUUUGUAUUAUUUGUAUUUUACCAUGAAUGUUGAAACACUCCAAUGAAGUGCCCUAAUAAGAACUGACAGAGGACAUAAACACUCUGUCUUUCAUCUCCGUUACAAUGAAACAUCCAGACCAGUUAAUGUGCACAAAUAUUCAGUUUUAGGCUUAAUUUGUGUCCAAAUUUACAAAUUAUAUAUUGAAUGUCUACUUUUUAUAUGAUAAACAACAGCAUUUUUUUCUCAAUUUUGUUUUUAGGACAUAACACUACGUCGUUGGCUCUUUUUAAUUAAAGCUGUUUUUAUUUCCUGAAACUCAAUAUUUUAAGAAUAUACCUCCACUUGCAUGAGAAAAUAAACCAGUUUUAAAGUAAAAUAA